GGUUGAAACGCGCAUCAACAUAAACGCUGAUUUAGUUUAGAUUUUUGUAACGUAUGCGUCGUUUGCUUUUCAAAUUUUCCGGAAUAUUGUUUUGUUAUUUUCAGUUUGUAGUUUACAACGCGCGCCUUUGUUCACACACAAAUUUCGUGCGCCAAGUGCUUUUAUGAAGAUUUUAUUUUGUUUCUAAUUACAAGAUGUGAUAUAUGUAUUUGUUUCUGAUUUCAUUACGGGAGAUAAGAAAUAGUAAAAUUGAAAAUUAAAAUGGAGCGUCGUCGCGCUAAUCGCGCAUAUGUCAAAUUGCUCAGCCAUAAAAAGGAUACACGUAAAACGCACAAACACAAGCAGCAAAAGGAAAGUCAAUCGCACCAACAAAGUAGUAAAACGGACAGUGACGCUGAGUGUGUUGAUGCAACCGCAAAUAGCGUCGAUUUGCUCGAUGCCGCUGUUUCGCCUGUCAGUGACGGUUUCAAUUCUUUGCAUCGUUCACGCUCGAUGCGUUCCUCUUUCCGCCUGCUCAAAGAUAAGCUGCAUCAAACGAGACAAAACGCUUUUCAAUCACCUUUCAAAUUGCAUGCCCAUCUGAAUCUGCGCCGCAAAGGAGGCGAUAGUGUCACGACAACAGCUAAAACGGUUACAGCCCCACGCCUACGCGAUGAAUUGGAGGCAGUCGAGGCGUUGACAAGGCCAAUGAUGCAUCCCAAUCGAAAGCGAACCGCCUCCCAAGUGGAUGGGAGCGCAUUGCGACAAUCGUGUGAUCAAGGACAGCGCCCCACUGCGUCGCAACGCAACAAUCAAUGUAAAACUAAGGAAAUCGAAAGACUCAUGGCUGGGUUGCCGUUGAGUGGGCGUGCAGGCGAACCGAACUUUUUAUCCGCGCAACCGCGUGUACCGCGCAAGGCAUGCAAAUUACUGCAAAUACCUGAAUCAUAUUGCCUCAAAUACCUGAGCGAACAGCAGCAACAAGGCAGCGCGCAAAUCAAAUCCGCUGUGGUAGUGUCAACGACGGUCACGCCAUCAGUCAAAGCAACCGCAACCGCGACAAUUGCAAGUCAAAAGUCUAUGCGUUGGGCGGACAUAGCGGCGUCGGCGACAAUGUCGGUGGCUGAUAGCCAAGAGCAGAACUUCGAAGAGAAAACAAUUGAGUUUGAAGGCGAUAAGCGGUUGAAAGGCAAUCACGUCCUGCAGAUUAGCAGCGACGGCAUUUAUGGAACAACGCGCAUGCGUACAGCGACCAUAAGAAAACCUGUGCCGUACCUGAAUAGUCACAAUAUUUUGCCGCAUAGUUUAACACUUGAUCGUGCGAAUUGGCGUAAGGAGUGUGACGCCAAGCACCACGAAAAAGAAGCGGAUAAAGACGUCGGUGGUGGUGUAGGCAGUAGCUAUUAUUUUAUUGAUAGCGCCCGCGUUGCUGAUUAUGAUACUGAUGAUGAUAACGCCGAUGCUGAUACUUAUAGCGCGGUUGUAUUGAGACGCCCAGCAUCUACGCACAAUAGAAACAGUAGCAGUAGAAGUAUCAAAAACAAUUAUAGCAAUCACUGUGAUGUUAAUAUUAUUAACAACAAUAAAAAUAAUCAUAGCGAUAACGCUAAAAAACAGUACAAAUUGCUACGUGCGCAGACAAGAGACUCACAAGAAGAACAGAAACAGCCACCACAUAACAAUUCAAUACAGCUGUCAGCGGUGGAUGGCGACGAUCGGGGCGAAAGCAAUUUGGAUUCCACAUUCCGUUGGUCAGAGCAAUGGACGCCGAAUGUAGCUGUUGCUAAGAUACGCACUGCCAUCUCUUGUACGUCUGGCGAUUUGCGGGAAAUGGAUUUUCUAUUGCCGCAAACAAGCAUUGCAGCAGCAACAACAGAAAAAAUACAGCACAGCAACUCGGUGAAAAUGGCAACAACAAUGCCAUUAAGCACCUCUAAUAACAACAACAGCAAUAGUAUUCAAAAUAAUAACAACAACGCGAACAACAAAAUACUGAGGAUGACCGCAGAUAAGCAACGAUGUAAUGGCGUUGGCGACGGCAACGGCAACGGUAUAGCCAGUAGCGGUUUGUUGAUUGUGGCGCGUCAGGCGCGAAAUUCAGCAGCACCGCAAAGUCAAAUACAACGACCACUGCAGCCACAGGCUCUCGAACAGCUGAAAAUGAAUACCAACAAAUCGAUGGAAUUAGGAACAAAGCCAUCGAAUUUAGCAAUUUACCGACACUCGGCGCACGUGCGCACAAAAAUAAAUGGCAGCACCGGCAACGGUGGUAGUAGUAACAAUUGUGGCAACACUCCGUAUCGCAGUAAAAUGUCUAAAAAACAAUUAAAGUUGGCGCAAGCUCAGCUGGACAAAUUGAAUCAGAUUAAUUCGCACCAACAUGCUCUAUUUUCGGCUGUGGAACAUGGACAUUUGGACAAGGCGCGCACAAUUCUUGAAUCAACUGAUGUCGAUGUAAAUAGCAUUAACACUGAUGGACUGUCGGCUUUAGAUGUAGCUGUUCUUAGCAAUAAUCGUUCGAUGACGAAAAUGCUCUUGCAACGUGGCGCCAUCGAGGGCACACAAUUUUCCACAGAUACCAUCGGAAAUAAAUUGAAUGGUUUACUCAAAGAUGCUGAAUCUCGAAUACAGGAUUUGAGUGGCACAUCGGAUGGUGGUCUCUGUCAGCCCACAUUUUCAACGCGACCGUCCAUAUCUAGCAUUAUUAUUGGCAACACCGGCUCUUCUGUAACCGGCUGUACAGGCAACGAAAUCGAAAAGCAAAUAGGUAUUUGGGAGCGUCGAGUGAAGGGUUUGCGACGCCUGCUGCUCGGUUGGGAUCAGACGCGCCCACCGGAUGCACCCGCAUCGGUAACGGUAGAUGUGACGGGCGAGAAUUCGAUUGCUCUGCAGAUACUUGAACCGUUCGAGGGUGCAAUUGGCACUAAAUUCAAAGUGCAAUGGUCAACGCGUGCCGACUUCAGCAACAUUGUGGGCGAACGCGAGCUGGUGGAUUGGACAAGUUUUCACGGCAAUAUGGGCACGCAAUGUCAGAUCGGCGGGCUGACGCAGGGUCGUCGCUAUUUUAUACGCUCCGCUUGUGGAAAUGUCAAAGGCUGGGGUCCUUACAAAACGUCAGUGCCAGCCAGCGUUGUGCCAUCAUGUUGGCGAGAUUUCAAUAAUCGUGAAGACCGCUAUAUAGGCCGUCAACGUGUUUUGGACAAUCUAUUUACGGCGGUGCGUCUUGCAAGGCCAGCUGAUGUAUCCGAACUGACAUUGGACGUGUGCUCUUCACAACGACGAAAUCCAAAGAAGAAGACUACCAUCAAGCAAUUAUUUUCAGUGGCGUCGAAAUUUCAAAAGCAUCUAAGACGCGGCAUCUAUCUAGCAUGCAUUAUUUACUGCGAGGAUAAAGUGCUGGUCACUAGCGAAGAUUUCUUGCCCGUAAUUGAGAUCGACGAGACAUAUCCAGGUAGUCUGCAUAGUGACUACCACUGGCUAAUGAAGGUCGCUUGUACUUGGGAUGAUGUAAGGUCCCUGCGCACCGAUAUGGAGAGAAACCUUACAUCUGCUGUGCAUUUUCGUACCAAACUCCUAUCGGCUGUUUGUCAAAUGCAAUCGACGCUUGGCCUCAACGACUUGGGCCAGUUGUUUUAUAAGCCGCUACGCGAUUCCCAUGGCACCGUUGUGCUCACUUGCAUUCAAGCUGUGAAAAGCCAGAAAACUGUCUCCAUACUCAAUUCCCGUUGGAUGCCGUUAAAUAAGCUACAGAAAAAGAUUGUCGCGCUACUGGAGGAUUAUAAUAUCAAUGAGAUGCUAAUUUCUUCCAUUAGCGAACAGAUACACUACCAUCAAGCGUCGACGCAAAGAUUAAGUCCAGGUCUAUAUUUAGGCUACCUGAAAAUGCAGUGCUCCAUGGACCAGAUACAAGUCGUUGUGCCUGUGAAGACACCUAAUGUGCUGCCGCAUUGUAAGGUGCGUGACAACAGUCACAUCACCGCCGACGAGUGGCAAAUCCUGAAGCGAAAACGUUCUUCUAGCAGCGGCAGUCGCAGCAGCAGUCCACUUAAUAUGGCGCUUGAGUUCAACACAAGCUCAGACGCGACCACCGAGGGACAACGACUAUUUCUCUAUGACCUCACUAAUGCUGCACAUAAGUUGUUCGCCUACAUGAAUAUUAAGCCAGAGGAUGCCAAAACGCAUCGACUCUAUGACAUCGAAGUUAUUGAGCAUAGCAAAGACAUAAGCUUUCUAAUUAUCUGUCCUGCGGUCGAGCUCACCUGCGCAGUGCCUGGCCAGUCAGAGUUGCUGCUGCAACGCGACGAUCUCGCCAGCCUCAGCAUACAGGCGUUCGAGAUGAUACACCUGCGCACUUACCAACCUGGCAUCAUUCAAAAGUACGCACGCCUCUCUUGCAUAUUGGAACUGGACACAGCUUUGGCUACUCAUUCGCAACGCGAAGCCUUUUCCACCAGUGAGCUACAAACGGCCAAAGAGCGCUUGGCUAAACUUCACGAGCUGUCGGCGAACUUGAAUGCAGUGUGGAAGAGCGUGCGCUGGCUAAUGGACGUGAUAGCAUUUGCGCGCGACAAAAACACGCAGUCGUCGGAGGUCAUGAAGGAUAUACUGGCCUAUGGCAAUGGCAACGGCAGUGGGAGUGAGGAACGUGUAGCGGACAAGCAAUUGCUGCAACUGCCAACGCGCGAUGCCAAAUACACAAAGAGUUCGGGUCGUGGUAGCUGGCCGGGGCCAGGCGCCAAUUCGCAAGGUUCCAGCAACAACUGCCUGGCUGCCGAGCAUUCGAAGUCGGAGCAAAAUCUCGGACGCAGCGCAAUCACACCUACCUCGAGCUCCAGCAUCGCGCCGCCUCAACAAUCCGCCACCAAGUCGCACAGCAGCAGUGGUGAUUCCCGUAAAACGGUGAGUUCGACGGGUACGCAACAGUUGCUACAGGUAGGCAUAGGCGGCUACACUAGCUCGGACAUUUCAUUGCGUAAAAAUAGCGGUGACUCAAUGACCUCGUCGCAAUAUACAACGCGCAGUUAUUAUUCAGGUGCGGAGUCAGCUCUUGGUAGUAAUAACGAACUAGGGCAGCUAUUUGCCAUACCGCCUUCGCGUUCCGAUGACACGCUGGCACUGGGUAGCUUGGAUGUGGGAAAGCACACACAAUCCACGUCCGGGCAACGUAAACGCACUAGCUCUAACAUAACACAGCAUGUUACAACACCAUCGUCUUUGAGCACCACUGCGCACUGCUCUAGCUCAGCACCCUACUUACCCACCGGCUCCAAUCUGUCACUGAAGAACUCAUUCAGCUCGGACUAUGACAUCAAAGCGUCCAAGAUCAGUAGUCAACCGAAAGCUGAGCAAUGCAUUGGAGGCAAAGUGAAGGCUGCUUCCAGUGCAAAUUUACGUGAUGGCGGUCUUUACCUAAAGACAACGGUUGCGGCGCUGCCGAGUGAUACGAAAGCAAUAAGCAGCGAAGCAGCCGCCAUAAGUGCACCACCGGCAACAACAGCAAAAACUGCCUCAAUUAAAAGUAUAUCGCGACAGAGCAGCGAAGAGGAUACGGCGAGUGGUUCCAGUCACACCUCCGAACAGGCAACAAGCGCCACCGGUCCAGCGGCCAGUUCGGGUAUUAUACAAGUUUAUACCGCAUAUGAUACAGGUCUAGCCAGCGGUACCAGUCUCAAGCUUCAUGUUACGCCAAAAACAACAGCGCGCGAAGUUAUCAACUUGGUGGUGAAGCAGUUGAAUAUGGCAGCGGUGCUGAAAGGCAAUAAUGGACCCAUCUACACGGCAGAAAUGCUGGAUAACUUCUGUUUGGUAGCGGUUAUUGGGGCGCGAGAACGCUGCUUGCGUGAUGACUUCAAGCCACUACAGCUACAAAAUCCUUGGCGCAAAGGCAGAUUGUAUGUACGACAAAAACACGAGCUAUUAGCGGCAAUUGAACAUGCAAAUAGAAAGUCGCAUCUGAUCUGAGCAGGAAAGUAAAAUACAAAUAUGUAUAAAAUCGA